GGGCUGUCGUUUGAGACGUGUUCGAUGCGAGGAAAACAACGACUGUCAAAAUGAUCUCGGAUUUAUUGUUAUUUGGGACUCUGAUGGUCAAUGCUGGAGCCAUACUUAACUUCAAUCUAAAAAAAAGCAGGGAUGACACCUUUGGUUCAAACAUGGAGCCAUCAACUGGUGAUAAAGUCAGAGAAUUCUUGCAGUCAUUACGAUACUUUAGAAUCUUCAUCGCCCUGUGGAACGUUCUGAUCAUGUUUCUCAUGUUAGUAUUUUUCAGCCACUGAUGUUCUGGAAGACUGGACAAGGGAAUUGCUGACCAGACAUUGACAGAGAGUAUGGUGUUGAAGAUGGAGGCAGAGGAACCUGGGAUAAAUAUGAACAUUUGUCCAGUGGUGUUUAAUUAGACAUCACUUCUUGUUGACAAUAACUAUGCUGCUUUGUAUCAGGUGAUUCCCUGGGCUCUGCCCAGUUUUCUCCAAUCAUAAUGGUGGAUGACAGUGUAUAAGUGAAAUAUUCUUGAGAACGGUGGAAAAACCAAUCAAAUAUAUAAAUAAAUAGUAUCAAUUGAUUGUUCAUGGACACCAGACUCAACACCCUGCACAGUUACAAUAUACUGACAAUGUAAGUUAACCUUUGUAAGUCUGCCUUUCUCAGCAAAUCUGCCUUUGUAAGUUUGUCUCUAUCUGCAAGUCUGUCUUUGUAAGUCUACCUUUCUGUACAUAAUGUAUCUCUACAGAACCACAUCACCUGGAGUUAUCACAUUUCAUAAGCCUAUUUACAGUCCUGUAGCCUUAAAAUGUUUAAACCUGUGCCCCUUUUUGUCUGAUAUAGCUAACUUCGCUAAUGAGAAUAUAUAUUCAUGCAGCACAGGAUAUGUAUAGAUGUAACCAGGGGAGAUAUGAUAGUUUGUUUACUGGACAUUUUAGUUCAUACCAUAAUGCAUUCAUUAUUAACUCACAGACCAUACAGAGGGUGUAUCUUUCCAAGGGAUACUUAAAUAGUAUACAGUCCAGGGUCCUGUUCCUUGUGAAUGUACGUGAAUUACAAAGGAGCUGGACUAUGAAUGUAGAAACAUUGAAUAUGCUCAUCACACUAAACUGUGUAUAUAUUGUAAAUAAAAUCAGUAUUUAUAUUUUCA